CUAACACUCACGCUGAGCUUGUCCUCGUCUCGAUCCAAACUUCGAAUUGCGAUCUUACUAGUUCAAACAUGCACAAAUAGUGAAAGGCAGCAAGUGCCAAGCGCCAACUGGUUACUGCAUCGAUUCCGAAUGACGAGCGAUGAUAAUCUUGGAUGAACAUCGUUCCAAUAAGUACUUUCACCUGUCGAACAACGCUGCCCCUGCAAGUUAAUUCACAGAAACAACGGUGAGGUUUCCUGGUGGCCUUUUGUUUGAUCAACUCCCUGUUUCAGCUGUCGAGGAUUGCUAUCAUUAGUCCAGGCUGAGCAGCCAAUCGAUAACGGGCGCUUCCAGGUCCACGUCAUUGCAGACAUGUGUCAUGUAGGCGCUUGUCGAAUCUGUUCGUUACCCACCACGCAUCCUAGUUCGAUUGCACCAAGACACCUCACAACACGCACAUCCAUUUACCUUUCUCAUUUACUAGAUGGAUGAAAAUAACCCUACUUGGAAGAAACCUUGGAGGCGGCUGAAGCAAAGUCAUUCAGACCCUCAUUUGGCAGAGGAGAGAGGCGGGAGGGCAACCAGUUACGAUCCGUCCUCUCUCUCGUCUUCGAGAAAUGGAUCUCGUGGACGACUCAUGGGGUCAAUGCGCAAGAUCUUUGGCAAGGUGACCAAGCGCCUCGCUCGAAGCGCUCGACAAUCCCCCAACCCUGAACCCACGGCUGCAAGUUCCAGCCUACAGGACACCCAACCUGUUCAGUCAACUAAGGAUCUCACCCUUCCCACUCUCGAACCGAAUUGCGAGCAGUCUUCCAAUUCAGGCAUCAUAGAAAUAAGUUCGACUAACGAAGUUCGGAAUAGUCUUAUUCGUCUCGACGAAGUGCUGACGUCUACUAUGCUCAGGCCGAACAUCCCGACCCGAAGGAUGUAA